GGUAGAUACUAGACAAUAUGGGUGAAUUACGGAGAACAUGUUUUUUGUCACUUGUUUAUGUUGUUUUCAUGAUUCUCUCAUCUACAUCUACUAGGCUUGUCUUGUGCCAAGACAAACUUACCACUUUGACGACUCUUUUGGAGGUGAAGAAAGCUUUUGUGGAAGACCCUGAAGGUGUUUUGCAUACUUGGUCUAAAACCAACAAAAACUUCUGCAAUUGGAGAGGAGUUUCAUGUGGGCUAAACGACUCUGUCGCUGACUCGGGCCAAGUGGUGGGGCUCAACCUAUCCGACUCGUCACUCGCCGGGGCCAUAUCUCCCUCAUUCGGUCGUUUGCAAAGCCUGACUCACCUCGACCUCUCCUCUAACCGUCUCAGUGGGUCCAUCCCACUGACUCUCUCCAACUUCUCUCACUUGGAAUCUCUGAUCCUCUUCACCAACCAACUCACCGGCCCCAUUCCGAGUCAACUCGGCCAGCUCACGAGUCUCCGAGUCUUGCGAAUCGGUGACAACGGACUCACCGGAACGAUUCCCGAGUCGUUCGGCGGCCUCAUGAAUUUGGAAGUCUUGGGCCUUGCAUCCUGUCAACUCACCGGGUCAAUACCGAGUGCGCUCGGCCGACUCAGCCAGCUCAGGAACUUGAUCGUGCAAGAGAAUCAGCUAUCGGGACCGAUUCCGUCCGAGUUGGGAAACUGCUCCAGCCUCGAAAUCUUUACCGCAGCCAACAACGACAUCAACGGCACCAUACCCCCGGAAAUGGGUCGUCUCCAGAAUCUCCAAAACCUCAACCUGGUGAACAACAGCCUCUCAGGCGAGCUUCCGAGUCAACUCAGCUCACUGAGUCGACUCGCCUACUUGAACCUUGCCGGGAAUCAACUCGUGGGGCCUAUCCCAAAGUCGUUAUCUCAACUGGGCAAUCUUUAUAAUCUCGAUUUAUCAAGAAACAAGCUCACGAGAGGGAUUCCGGAGGAGUUUGGUGAUAUGGAUCAGUUGCAAUUCUUGGUUUUGUCAAAGAACAAUCUCUCAGGCGUUAUACCAAAGAAAAUAUGUUCCAACGCCACAAGUUUGGAGCAUUUGUUUCUAUCGGAGACUCAAAUUCAUGGAGAGAUUCCUGUGGAACUUAGUCAGUGCAAAUCUUUGAAACAACUUGAUUUGUCCAACAACACUCUCAGUGGAUCAAUUCCUGUUGAGAUUUAUAAGUUGGUUGCGUUAACUGACUUGUUGUUGAACAACAACAGUUUGGUGGGUCCCAUUGCUCCCUUAAUUGGAAACCUCACGAAUCUCCAGACGGUCACGAUGUACCACAACAAUCUGAAGGGGGAUCUCCCAAAGGAGAUUGGAAUGCUUGGGAAGCUUGAGAUUCUCUACCUCUAUGAGAAUCAGUUGCACGGGGAAAUACCACUGGAGAUUGGAAACUGUUCAAGCUUGCAAAUGGUUGACUUUUUUGGGAACCGGUUUAGUGGGCAAAUUCCAAUCACUAUUGGGAGGCUUAAAGAGUUGAAGUUGCUUCACUUGAGGCAGAAUGAGCUUGUGGGUUCAAUUCCCGCCACUUUGGGUAACUGUCAUAAACUGAAUAUCUUGGACUUGGCUGAUAAUAAUCUCUCUGGUGGGAUUCCUUUGACGAUUGGUUUCAUCAAAUCUCUUGAGCAGUUAUUGCUUUACAACAAUUCUCUCGAAGGUACUCUUCCUGAUUCACUGUCUCAUUUGACUAACUUGACAAGAGUGAAUUUGUCUGGAAAUAGAUUGAAUGGUAGUGUUGCUGUGUUGUGUGGCUCGAAUUCGCUUCUUUCAUUUGAUGUAACUGACAAUGAUUUUGGCCAUGAGAUUCCAAGCGCAUUGGGUAAUUCUCAUUCCCUUGAGAGGUUGAGAUUAGGGGGAAACCAUUUCACUGAAAAUAUCCCUACGACAUUACGAGAACUCCGUGAGCUUUCGAUGUUGGACCUCUCCGGUAAUUUGCUGACUGGAUCAGUUCCAGAUGAGCUUUCUUUUUGCAAGAAACUUAGCCAUGUUGUUUUGAACAAUAACCUUCUCUCGGGCGCAAUACCGCCCUGGCUUGGAAGCUUCAGCCAGCUGGGAGAGUUGAGGCUCUCCACGAAUCGGUUCUCAGGGCCAAUUCCUCGAGAGAUCUUCAAUUGUUCAAAGCUGCUUGUCCUUUCUCUCAAUGACAAUUCGCUGAAUGGAACUCUCCCUGAUGAAAUUUGUAAGCUGGCGCCGUCGCUUAAUGUACUCAACCUCGAACGUAACCAACUGUCGGGGCCAAUUCCUCCUGCCAUUGGCAAGCUAGAAAAGCUGUAUGAGCUUCGCCUCUCGCGGAACAACUUUGAUGGCGAGAUACCUGAGGAGCUCGGACAGCUUCGGAAUCUACAGAGCAUUCUGGACCUCAGCCACAACAAUCUGAGUGGCCAAAUCCCGCUGGCUAUUGGAGAACUGUCGAAGCUCGAAGAGCUUGAUCUUUCUGACAAUCAACUUGUUGGAGAAGUCCCCCCACAAGUUGGUGAGAUGAGCAGCCUUGUAAAGCUUAAUCUCUCUUACAACACUCUGGAAGGGAAAUUAGGCAAGCAGUUUUCGCACUGGCCAGCCAAAGCGUUCCAAGGAAAUCUGCAGCUUUGUGGAAACCCUCUUGGUGAAUGCAAUGCCGACGCAUCUGGAAAACAGAAGUCGGGCCUAAGCCAAAUAUCAGUGGUGAUCAUUUCUGCAGUAUGUACAUUAGCUGCAAUUGCUCUGUUGUUAAUCGUGGCUGCAACUUUCUUGAAGCACAGGCGAGAGUCUUUCGGAAGAACAAGUGAUGUGAGCUACAUUUACUCGUCCAGCUCGACUGCCACUCAACGAAGGCUACUUCUCUUUCAAAAUGGCUCCACGAGGCAAGAAUUCAGAUGGGAAGACAUCAUGGAAGCGACCAACAAUCUAAGCAACAAGUUCAUUAUUGGCACCGGAGGGUCAGGCGUAAUUUUCAAAGCGGAAUUGCCCAACGGAGAAACUGUAGCGGUCAAAAAGAUUUCGUCGAAAGACAGCCUCCUAGCAAACAAAAGUUUCGUGAGGGAGGUCAAGACGCUUGGGAGGAUAAGGCACAGACAUCUGGUGAAGCUGAUGGGGUAUUGCAGUAACAAAGGAGCCUCUGGUGCGAAUCUGCUGAUAUACGAGUACAUGGAGAACGGAAGCGUUUGGGAUUGGCUGCACAAACAACCAGUUAACGGCAAGAGGAAGAGAACCCUUGAUUGGGAAGAGAGGUUGCGAAUCGCAGUGGGAUUAGCUCAAGGAGUGGAAUAUCUCCACCAUGAUUGCAUGCCAAAGAUCAUUCACCGGGACAUCAAAUCCAGCAAUGUGUUGCUAGAUUCCAACAUGGAGGCACAUUUGGGGGAUUUCGGGCUGGCAAAGCCACUCCUUGAGCAUGAGUCACACACAGAUUCAAGCACAUGGUUUGCCGGCUCAUUUGGCUAUGUUGCUCCAGAGUACGCUUAUUCGUUGAAGCCAACAGAGAAGAGUGAUGUUUACAGCAUGGGGAUUGUGUUAAUGGAGUUUGUGAGUGGGAAAAUGCCAACUGAUGCAGCAUUUGGAGUGGAUAUGGACAUGGUGAGAUGGAUUGAGAGCCACAUGGAAAUGGAAGGCUCAAGAAAAGAGGAGCUGAUAGACCCGGCACUGAAGCCAAUGUUGCCAGCAGAGGAAUUUGCAGCAUUCCAAGUGCUUGAGAUAGCAAUGGAGUGCACCAAAACAAGCCCACAAGAAAGGCCAUCUUCUAGACAAGUUUGUGAUCAGCUUAUACAUGUACUUAAUCAUAGGAUGGUGGAUUUUGACAAGUUGAAGUCAGAUAGCUGCUAUGCUUAAAUUGGCUCAAAAUCUGUCCCAAGGAAAGGAGAUUGAAGGCACAAGAUCUUGCAUGAGCACUUUCAUUUCUUCUGUUUCAAAGGGUCUGCUGCUACCAAUGCGAGGAGGACUUUUUUUCUUUUUUUUUUCUCUUUAGGGCAAAAAAUUUGUGAAAAUU